AUGGGUGAGGAAGCAACAUAUGAGAUUAAAAUUUUGGCAAAGGAGCCAACGAUGACUGCACAUAAGGUGCAGGACAAAUGGGUACAAACUGAUCAAUUUGGGAUCACAAGUGUCAACUUUAAGCAUUUAUUCAAUACAGGUGAAAAGAUAUCAGAUGAGCCUUUCAUUUUAGCCUCACAAGCACUUCAAGUUUACUAUGUUCCUGAUCAAGUCAGCGAGAGUAACUGGGCUGCUGCUGUUCAGUCAAAACCUAUUGAUGUGUAUGACUUGGAUAAUUUGGAUAAUGAACACAUUGAUGGUGAUAAUGGAUUGAUUAUGUCAUUUCCUGAUCUAAACGACAAUGUGACUGUGGAUAUUAUUAAUGGGGUUGUCCCUUCUGUUAGAAGGGACAUAGAUGGUAUAAUUGUUGACAAAAAAUCUAAAAAGGGGUCCAAAAAGCCAGAAAGAAAUUAUGUUGAGAGUGCAAUAAACGAGCGGAUUGACGAAGAUCUGGAUUGUGGAUCAAUUGGAGACUUUUUAUGUGACAACGAAGGGAAGAAUUAUAGGCAACUUUCUAGUGUUAUUGGUUGCCUGGUGAGGAAGAAAAUAUCAGUUCGUUGUUCUAAUUGGAGGCUUAUUGAUGCUGAAGAAAAGGAUGCAGUUUGGGAUGAAGUACAGAAAUUCUAUGAUAUAGAUGAUGCUGAUAAGAAUUGGUUUUUAAUCACCGCUGUUCAGACGCAAAUUGCCAAAGCGAACCGUGCUAAGUUGGAGAUACAUCAUACAGCAGGCACUAAGAGUUUUUCUUGUUCUGGACAUGAAAUGGUUGUUCUUGAGAUGGUGCAUUCAUGUCUCAUAUGGUGUACAGGAAAUAGAAGGCAUCUUUCAUGCAGCACUCCCCUGGAGGCCCAACACUUUUACAGUAGGCCUUAUCGCUCCUGUGGUGUUCGUGCUCGCAUAACCUGCGGCACCCAUCCGCAUUACACGGGUACUGUUGAUGAACUUGGACGCCCUCCUCGAAGGGAUGAACUCUAUAUCAAAACUCAUACAAGAAAAAAUGGUGUUGCAAUAAGGAAUGCAGAACCAAUAAUUAGCAAACUUAAAGCAACUGUUGAGGCCCGUCCAGAGUUGACAGAAAGAACAAUUCAACAAGGUGAUGUAUUUUCUGCUGCUUUGGGUUCAAAGGAGCCAAGAGGCCAUGUGCGAGCUUUAGGUCUAGGACCUACUCCUCAAGAUGGUUGUAUAGCAGGACUAAAGUGUUACACACCUACAAGAUUUCAAAUGGAAGUUUUGGCCCGUAAAAAGGCUGAAAGUAGGAGUGAAGCUCUAGAACAGCGCCUGACACAAAUGGAAGCGCAAAUGCAAAUGAUGGAGAAAAGGUUUGCACAGGAAAGGCGAAAUAUAGAAGUAAUGUCACAGAAUGGUUCUAAUUCACAAUGUGUGAGCCCAAGAUCUGCAGAACAUGUUCAUGAGGCAUAUCAUGAUGCUCAUUUUCAAGAAGAUGAAGCUUAUGAAGAUAAUGAGAGCAAUGAUGCCAUUGGUGUGGGUGAAAACUUGCUUGUGGAUAGGCGUACUGCAGCCCCAACUAUGCAAAGCCCUUCCAAUGCCGCCCUUGUAAUGCAGCCCCGUGCAGCCCCAUCCUCUCAAUGCAGCCCUACCAAUCUAUUCCCAGCAAUGCAGCCCAAUGUAGCCUCACAAGUCCAGUCUCGUCAGUGUAGCCUCACCAAUGCAGCCCCUACAAUGUAG